GAAAACUGUUUUCCAUUUACCAAUUGUUAAUUGAGCAUCUUCACUGUGGUUUUACCAAGUAAACCUACUUUCAGCUUUUUCAGGAAGUGACAUGCUCAACAAAUUCUCACCUCGCUGCUCUGGAACUCACUGUUCUUUUCUGUUGCAGCUUCAGUGAUCAGAUGAGACCAUGAAGCUGUUUGGACUCUGUUUUUCUGCUGUGGGCAUAUUGUGCUGCUGCUGUCUUGUGUAUGGCAGAGGUCAAGGUGUGUGCAGUGUAGGGAAGCUCAUUACCAGACUCUAUUUAACCACAGAACUACAGUCUGAAAUCCUGCUGCCGUGCCUUUUUGAAGCAGCUCUCACUGGAUCAAACCUGGACAGGAGUUCAGUUGCUGUGUGGUCUCAGAUUACUGAAAUCACUGACAACAUUGUAGAGAUCAAAGUAAAUGAUUCUGAAAGCUUCUGGAAUAACAGACACCAUAGAAUUACGGCAUUCCGUGAUGCUGCUGUUGCCUCUGGAAACUUCUCCAUCCUGAUUAGAGAUGUGCAGCUGUCUGAUCUGGGGCUCUACCGCUGUGAACUCUUCAGAGAUACCAACUGUUCUCUGGGCUAUAAAGAGAUAGAAAUCAGUCUGGCUGCUGUUGAAUUAUCACCGCUCAAUAACUGGCAGCUCAUAGUUGCAGCAGGAGGAGGAGGAGGAGGAUUUCUGCUUCUCUGUCUGAUCACUGUGUGUGUUUACUGUACAUGGACAAAACGACAAACAGUUGAUGCAUCAGUCAACCACACAUCACACAAUUGCCAUGACAGUGAAGGACAAAAAAAUGAUGAAAUAACCUAUGCGUCAGUUGUUCCUAAGUCACACAAUUGCCAUGACAGUGAAGGACAAAAAAAUGAUGAAAUAACCUAUGCAUCAGUUGUUCUUAAAUCACACAACUGCAAUGACAGUGAAGUUCUUCUGAAUAUUAAACCUGUAAAAGGCUCUGCAUCAGAAACCAUCGUCAACCCAGAGACGGUCCUUUACUCUACCAUCAAGCAAAGAGAGAGAAGAUGAGCAAGUGAGCAGCAAAACAGACAAAUUAAAGCACUCAAGAAAUAGACAAUAUUUUUAUGGAACUCCCAGCUUGUAUUGUUUGGUUUUAUAUGACAAGAAAUACUAAAUAUUUGAUAUUGUUACAAUAAGUAACAUCAUUAAGACAUUUUCUAAAGCACUAGGGAAACCAAAGUAAACUAAUUCAUACCCUUUUAUGUGUAUUAAUAACUACCCUAAUUGUGGAAAGAGUCUAAUGUAUAUCAUUCAUGUAUAUUGGCUUUAUAUUUAUGUCUUGGUUGUUUUUUGUAAUUUUAUAAUAUAUAAUUUUCUUGGCUCAGCUGCAUGAGGCUGGUUGUUGUAACUAUAGAUGAAGAGUGUGAAACUAAACUCAGCUACUUUAUCACCUAAACCACUGAAUUCUUUGUGGACAAUGUGAAAGAACCUCACAUGCAACAGUAAGACAGGAUAAACUGUGUCUAUGGUUAAGAAGCAUCUUAUAGAUUUGAGUAGUUAGCUACUCGAGGCCAAGAUGCUCACAGGAAACCAGAGUGGAAAUUCUCAUAUCCAUCAGCUUCUUCACAAAUAAGUUAUAGCUUCUGUUUUGUCACAUAGUGUGAAAAGUUGUGUGAAAAUACAUGAGAUUAAGCUCAAUGAUGUGUAUGUUACAAUUGUCAAUUGUGCCAGUACAUUAGAUUUACAAUAGACCUGACUUGAAAGAACAGUUGUUCAGCUAUUCAA